UUCCGCCGGCGCGAGAUUGGUGGUGGUGGCCUGAGACUAGGCACAACGGACGUAAGUCUACUUGGGAAGGAUGUCAAUGGCGUUAUAUGCUCACUGCAUCGUUCACCGCUUCGAGUGUAAGAGGUGUGUCCUCCGGAGAUGAAGCGCUCAUCUACUUCAGCGCAAGUAGCAGACGGACCGGUAGCGAUCUCAGCUUCACAGGGCAACGGACACUCUUCACCACCUAACGACAAGCCCGACCCCAGGCUGCCAAAGCGCUUCGUACACCCUCUGACUAAGGAGAAUAUCGUCAUUUGCAGCAGAAGCAACCUGAGCUGGGGCGAGAAAGAAGUAGCUCGGCUAGAGACGACAAGGAAUGGCGUCAAGCAAAUCCUCGCUCUACAGCUCGAUCGUCCUUUCAUAGUGGGGCGAGCAAAGGAUUGCGACUACGUGGUCAGCUCAAAGUAUGCUUCGGGGCGUCAUUUGAGGCUGCUUGCCCACACAACAGACUCUGGACACAUGUUCGUAUCUUGUGAGGACCUAUCGUCCAAUGGUCUCCUUUGGAAUGGCCGCAAGCUCAGCCAAGCAAAGCUACUACUUGGGAAAGGGGACAUCAUCGAGAUCCCUCGCUGUCAGGCCUUCGCAUACAGACAUCUUCAAGGUGACCCUCCCCCUUCAGAGACCAAGGAUGGCAAGGAAGAAGGUGCGAAUGCUCGCAGAAUCGGUCACCGCUACACCAUCAUGAGUCGCAUCCUCGGCACUGGAUCGUUCUCUCAGGUUUACCUUGCCUGCGAUGGAAAGCAGAAGAAGCAGAUUGCCUGCAAGAGACAAUGUAUGCGUAAGACCGAGCGGCAGGACUUUAUCAACAUGGAGCGGGAGCUGAUCAUUCUCUCGAAGCUUCGUCAUCCCAAUAUCAACUCUGUCAUCGAGUGGAUACAGGAGGACUCGUGGCUUUACCUCUUCAUCGAAAUCGUCACAGGGAGCGACCUCUUCAAUUGGACACUCAAGCAAGGACGAGCCACUGAAGGCGAGGCAAUCUUCAUUGCCUAUCAGCUUCUCUUGGCCCUCUCUUUCUUACAUGAAAGGAACAUCGCCCACCGUGAUGUCAAGCCGGAGAAUGUGCUCCUCCUCUCUGCCGGUACUCGCUUUCCCCAUGUUCAGCUGGCUGAUUUUGGUCUGUCUUGGGAAGAAGACACCACGCCAAAGGUGGGCUUAGAUGGCAGGGCGAUCGCUUUGCCGCCUCGCGCUUUCACUCAGAGCGGCACAGUGGCAUACCAGCCUCCUGAAUUUCACAUGAGCGCGGUGUUGCGGACCGGAUACAAUCCCUACCUAGACGACUCGUGGGCAUUGGGCUGCACACUCGCUCUAGUGCUCCUCGGUCUUCACCCAUUCGACCAAUCUGGCGCAAGCCCCGGCGCAGACUUUACUUUCUAUGUCCAAGAGCACCUGCUCACUGAAGGCGUAACCACUCGCGAGGAACUUGAGGCGAAGAACUGGUGGAUCGAAGAAAAGCCACCGGACGAAGGCGGCAAUGCUGAAGAGGAAGACCUUGCCAAAAUUGCGAAAAGGGACCUGGUCCGUCGCAUCUUCGAAGGGCUCCACUGGCGUGACUACCCUGAGGAGUUCCGACCAUCUCUGGAAGGUAUGUGAGCUACUGUUGAGAGAAGUGAUGUGGGAGGAGAGCGAUUGUGAUCUAAGGGAGUUGUUAGCUGAAGUCC